GUUCCCGGGAUCCGGGCCCUGAGGUCUGGGCGCCCAGGCGCCCGAGGCCUCUUGGAGCAUUAAGCCAGCUCUGUGCCUGCAGGUGCUGUGCAGCCUCUGUGGCUGGCUCUCGCUCUACGUUUCAUUCUGCCGCCUGAAUAAGCACCGAAGCUAUGAGUGGAAUUGCCGGCUGGUUACGUUCACCCAUGGAGUCUUCUCUAUAGGCCUCUCAGCAUAUAUUGGCUUCAUUGAUGGCCCUUGGCCUUUUACCCACCCAGGCUCGCCCAAUACACCUCUUCAAGUGCAUGUUCUGUGCCUCUCUUUGGGCUACUUCAUCUUUGACCUGGGUUGGUGCGUCUUCUUCCAGUCUGAGGGUGCCCUGAUGCUGGCUCACCACACACUGAGUAUCUUGGGCAUCAUCAUGGCCCUGGUGCUUGGAGAGUCAGGCACAGAGGUCAACGCAGUGCUCUUUGGAAGUGAGAUUACCAACCCCUUGCUGCAGAUGCGCUGGUUUCUCCGUGAAACAGGGCACUACCAUAGUUUCACUGGAGAUGUGGUGGACUUCCUCUUUGUGGCUCUGUUCACUGGAGUGCGGAUUGGCGUAGGAGCUCGCCUCCUUUUCUGUGAAAUGGUCUCACCCAAACCCAAGUGGUUUGUGAAGGUUGGAGGAGUAGCUAUGUAUGCUGUGUCUUGGUGUUUCAUGUUUAGCAUCUGGCGCUUUGCAUGGAGGAAAAGCAUCAAGAAGUACCAUGCCUGGAGAAGCAGGCGGAGUGAGGAACGGCAGCUAAAGCAUAAUGAACUUCUCAAGACUCACUAGCCAAGGCUUGCUGCAGAAAAUGGAGCGGGUUAAGUCAGCCAGGGGAAAUAUGACAGUUAUAGACUCGUACUUAUAAC